AUUUUAGUUUGAAAGGCUGAAGUGAUGACCAUAAUUACAGUAUAAACUUGAAGGGAACACUGCUCUAGGAGACAAAAAUUGUUUAGACAUGGCUGUGCUCCAAAUAUCUGUGUCCAUGGACAAGUCCUUUAACCUUUUGAGUCCCAGCUUACAAAUCGACCUAAAGGAUCAAGACAUAAUGGGAGCAUUUUUAGACAAGCCAAAGAUGGAAAAACAUAAUGCCCAGGGGCAGGGUAAUGGGUUGCGAUAUGGGCUAAGCAGCAUGCAAGGCUGGCGAGUUGAAAUGGAGGAUGCACAUACAGCUGUGAUUGGUUUGCCAAGUGGACUGGAAACAUGGUCAUUCUUUGCUGUGUAUGAUGGGCAUGCUGGUUCUCAGGUUGCCAAAUACUGCUGUGAGCAUUUAUUAGAUCACAUCACCAAUAACCAGGAUUUUAAAGGGUCUUCAGGAGCACCUUCUGUGGAAAAUGUAAAGAAUGGAAUCAGAACAGGUUUUCUGGAGAUUGAUGAACACAUGAGAGUCAUGUCAGAGAAGAAACAUGGUGCAGAUAGAAGUGGGUCAACAGCUGUGGGUGUCUUAAUUUCCCCUCAACAUACUUAUUUCAUUAACUGUGGAGACUCGAGAGGUUUACUUUGUAGGAACAGGAAAGUUCACUUCUUCACACAAGAUCACAAACCAAGUAAUCCACUGGAAAAAGAACGAAUUCAGAAUGCAGGUGGUUCUGUAAUGAUUCAGCGUGUGAAUGGCUCUCUGGCUGUAUCGAGGGCCCUUGGGGACUUUGAUUACAAAUGUGUCCAUGGAAAAGGUCCUACAGAGCAGCUUGUCUCACCAGAGCCUGAAGUCCAUGAUAUUGAAAGAUCUGAAGAAGAUGAUCAGUUCAUUAUUCUUGCAUGUGAUGGUAUUUGGGAUGUUAUGGGAAAUGAAGAGCUCUGUGAUUUUGUAAGAUCCAGACUUGAAGUCACUGAUGACCUUGAGAAAGUUUGCAAUGAAGUAGUCGACACCUGUUUGUAUAAGGGAAGUCGAGACAACAUGAGUGUGAUAUUGAUCUGUUUUCCAAAUGCACCCAAAGUAUCACCAGAAGCAGUGAAGAAGGAGGCAGAGUUGGACAAGUACCUGGAAAGCAGAGUAGAAGAAAUCAUAAAGAAGCAGGGGGAAGGCGUCCCUGACUUAGUCCAUGUGAUGCGCACAUUAGCGAGUGAGAACAUCCCCAGCCUCCCACCAGGGGGUGAAUUGGCAAGCAAGCGGAAUGUAAUUGAAGCUGUUUACAAUAGACUGAAUCCUUACAAAAAUGAUGACACUGACUCUACAUCAACUGAUGAUAUGUGGUAAAACUGCUCAUCUAGCCAUGGAGUUUACCUUCGCCUCCAAAGGAGAGUACAGCUCAUCUUCAUUGAACCUUUUAAACAUCCAUCCUCAACUUUAAAGAAGGGCAUAUGACAUGGGUGAGAGUGAUUACACCAGAGAACUUCAGCAGUACAACAGCCCAGAACUGAUUUUUUUUUUUUGUAAAUUUGAGACUUAUGUAAACGUGAUUUCAAACCAUAAUUCAUGUUGUAAAUCAGACUCCAGCAACUUUUGUUGUAUGAUUUUGUUUUUUGUAAAGUGUAAUUGUCCUUGUACAAAACGCUCAUAUUUAAUUAUGAACUGCUUUAAAUCAUUAUCAACGUUAUAAGAAAUGUUUGGCUUGUUGUGUGAUGCAACAGAUAUAUAGCCCCCUUUCAAGUCAUGUUGUGUUUGGACUUGGGUCGGGACAGGGAGAGCAGCAACCAUGUCAGCUAGAUGCUCAAAUGUGCACAUGAUUAUGGAGAAUAAUUCCAGAAGCUUAUAAAGCCAAACAUCCAGGGAGCUUAUUGAAACCUAUCUAAUGUUCUUGGCAGUGGGAUUGGCAUUGUUGAUAAAGCUGGUCCUUUCAUUUAAUUGUCUUUUAGGUUCUAUACUUGUUGCCAUGAGUAUUGCAGGUAAUACAGUAUAUUCAUAAGAAUAUCAAUCUUGGGGCUAAAAUGCCUUGAUUCUUUGCACCUCCUUUACAGGUCCUUACAUCUAAUUAUUAAUUGAUAAGCAGCAGCUUCCUACCUAUAGUAGGAGACUGCCACAUUUUUGCUAUCAUGAUUGGCUGGGCCUGCUGCUGUUCCUAGUAAGAUAUUCUGAAUUCCAUUUUAUCAAUAAAGCUUGAUUUAACAAACAAGAAAUUUAAUCAUGUAUGUGUAAUUCCUCCUUUACCCUGCCCUUUUAAAACACCAUGCCAUUGUAAAUGAGAAGUUUUUCAUGGGGAAAGAUGUUAGUCUCUUUUAAUUGGAAAAUCCUGUUACUCAAGGCAUAGAUGGAACUGUUUCCCUUCCAUUAGAAAGACUAAAAGAUUUAAGUCUCUGUUUUUCCUUAAUCUGUUUUUAAAAUGGGUUUUUUUCUGGCUACUUAUUUUUCAUUAAGAUAUGUAUCAGCUUGAAUUUGCCUACUGUUUAAUUAAAAUAAUUGUCAAAGCUUGACAAUCUAACACUCUAUGGUAGGUGUGUGUGUGUUCGUGAGUGUGUUUGGCUGUGAUUUUUAAUUGGCCCAUGUCUUUAGAUUCCAGGUAGUUAAGAUGUAUUUGUGAUUUGAAAUAUAGCAUGUUGAUAAUAUUUAGUUGUUGGCCUUUAAAAAUAAUUUUCGAAGCUUAAAAUAUUGUAGAUAUAAAAAUAACCUAACGUAAUUUAGGCUUAAAUUCCUCUGAUUAAGCAUGUAAAAGUAAGUUUUAAAAUCUGUCACAUUGAAAAGACUACUGUUCUGUGCCCUUUUGUAUUUUUGUCUUUAGGUUGAAAAUUGUAUUUAUCGCCAUGUAAUUUAAUCAUCCAGUAGGCAGAUUCCCCACUAGAAAACUAUUAAAAUACAACAUUGAAUACAAAAUCAAAACUUUGUGUAUAAAAGGUAAUAUAAUCAAUUUUGUUUUGUUUUUUCCAUAACUUGGAAAUAUACAUAUUUGUACAUAUAGCCUUAAAACUAAUGUAAAGUUAGGGGAGUAGUGGGAAAAGUAAUGUGAAAUGUCUCAGAUUUAAGUAGUUACAUACCAGCAAAAUCUUUUCAUUAUAUCCCUCUUAUUUGUGAGGUGAUUAAAUGUAACUUAAUUGUAUUUAAUUUAUAUUUUAAUCUAGCAUGAAGAAAAACAAGUACUAUUUAUAUUUAGAAAUUCAUAACAGUUGGAAUUACAGAACCAAUUCCGUACUUAACUUACAAAUAAAUGCUUAAUGUCUAAAAUCUGUGGUAGAGUGCGAAGUAUGAUAAUGUUUUAAAUUAUGGCUCUGAAAGCAUUAAAUGUGCAUUUAAUGAAUACCAGUGCUUCUAGUAUAGAUUACCAGGCAUACUAGUACUGAAAACCAAAUCCCUGUUACAAAAAGUCAGGUCCUUAAUUUUUAAAGUAGCCUCAUGUUUUCAGUUGUAGAAAUUUCAAAAUCUUGAAUUAGAUUUUGAAAUGCAAAAUCUUAAAUCACAAGUGAAAAAUAUGAUGGAAAAUUAUAUUUCAAACCAUCACACCAUAUUUAGAGCCUUUUCUAUUUGAGAGUCUUUAAAUAACAAAGAGGUUAACAUAUUCCUCUGUUAAAGUUAUUAGGACUGAAAUUAGGCUUGGAGGUGAGAGAAAACUGUAUUAAGUGUGAUUUUAGAUUUUUUCCACAUGAGUCAGAAUGGCCAUACUAGAUACAGUUUUUCAUUAUAAAAAUACAGGAAGGAAGUAUACAUUUCAACAGCGGGGACUGUGUGUGUUCUUGGUUCCUGGAGGUAAUGAUGGUGGUAGGGAACCAACCACACUUUUAAAAGGCACUUUUGCACCUCUAUUGUGCACUUCAUUUUUGUACCACUUAAAUCCUUGACCUCCCACCCCCUUUUGUGUGCUAAUUAGCAUCUCAGGGCAAUGCCUCAAAAUUUCUUGAUUUGUUGUAUGUUGUUUUAUUUGAAGAGAAAAGGUUCACGUGUGAUGAUAAUAUACUAUUCAAAAUGUACUUUCAUUUAUAUGUUUUAAUAGGAUGACCCCAAUUUGCUGCUUUUAAUAGGAAAUUCAUUUUGUAUAGCACUCUUGUUACCCUAACAUUAAAGGUCGUCACUGAUCUCUUACUGUUUUAGCAAGGCAAACUCUUAAUUGCUACUUUCUUAGGGAAUAUACUUUUAAAGAUAACAGAAGCAGUUCUCAAUAUUAGCAUUAACUUUUAAAAAUCCAAGAGGUAUUUUUCUUACUCAGCUUUAGAACUAUUUCAAACUUUUUUAAUUAUAAUGCAUUAACUUGCUUCUAGACUACUAUGCAAUUAGUGUAUUGCUCCAGCCACUUAAUUUUUUUUACUACAUAACAUUAAGAUAUUUGAGUCAAUAAAUCAAUUAUGUAAUUCAAAUUAUCUGAAUUAUAGCAGUACUUUUAGUGAUCACCCAUUUGGUCAUAUAUUAAUUCAGCUAGACUCAGCUUUUCUACAAAUGUAUUGAGUAGUUAUCCACAGAACACAGUUCUAGGCUAAGCACCUUGGACUAUAAAGAAAUGAAUAGGUCCUUGCCCUCAAGGAGUUUACAUUUGAAUAGAAUUUAUAAUCUAAUGUAUGCUAAUGUUAUAUAACUGGAUGACUCAUCCAACUUGAAUAAGGCAUGUCUCUGCCCUAAAGAACUCAUUUGUACUUUAUUAACUUGAAAACUCUUCUAUUUAUUUUUUUCUCCACAAAGUUAAAAAUCUCAUUCAAAAGAAAACUUUGUUCAGCAUAGGAAUAGUUGGACUGAUGAAGCUCAGUUCUAUUCAGUACACUUGAUCGCCUUUAGCCAAUAAAUAGCCUUUACUCUUCCCGCUGAGAGCAGCAAGUCACAGAAAUAGGGAAUGGACUUCUUAGAAUUCUCCAACCCUGAAAAUACUGGUAGAAUUUGAGAUUAAGGCAUUAAAAAAAUAUAUGUAUAGCUAAAUGUAUCUUAUUUAAGUAAAACUGUUCUUGAAAACACUGCCAGUGCUAAUAUCCAAUUUUAACCAAAUGAUUACUAUGUGGUUUAAUUUUUUUAAAUAAUUUUACUGCCUAUCUUUACUGGACAAAUUGAUAUGAGAAUUCAAUUUGUAAUUUCUGAAAGAAAUGAUUAAAUUGGUUAAGGGUUUUUUUUGUUUUUAAUUUAAUGAUGUGUAUACUUUUAAUUCAUAAAGUUUAAAUGAGAGGUUUAAGCCUUUAAAAUGUUUUGGUUGCUGUUUGUACAGUAUUAUAUUAGGAUUUGGUAUUAGAAAAUGUUAUGUCAAUAUUUCAGUAUAUAAGUGUUUCUUAUUUGAGGUUUUUCUUUGAAAGAACCUUAUAGGGUUUCAUAUACUUUUGCUUGCAGAUCGUGCUGGUGAGAUGACCAUUUUUAACUGAGUCAUCUAGUCUUCUAAUUGUUUGUUUCUUUUUUAAGAUUAAGGAAGACUUCUUUAUAGUUUAGAUGUUUAGAAGCCUAAUUUUACUUUACUUUCUUCAGUAAUGUGCCAUGAGUAUUUUCUAAUGUUAUGAGUAUAAUACUGUCUUGUUUUGUUGGUCAGAAUAAUAUGUGUUAGUUAUUACUAAUAGAAUGCUAUGUACAGAAAUGAUGCGAGGCAUUAGGUUCCACUUCAUUGUCAAAUGAACAUUUCCACUUUUGUUCACCUCAGCACAGAUUUUUUCCCUUUAACCUGCUUUAUGUAUUAAACUCGUGGUGGCUUCUCUCAUCCUUAUUUACUAGCAGGUAGGGGUGUGCCAAUUAGAAAAACUGAAAUAUGUUGAAAUUGUCAUCGACAACUUAUACUUUUAUUACAUGAGGAGGAAAGUUGGUUUAAAUUUAUAUAAUAACAAAAUAACUUUUUUUUGCCCUUAUUCUUCCCAAAAUAUUGCUUCAUUUCCUCUCCCCUCUUGGUGGUUUCUGUCUCUUUUUUCAAACCGAAACAGGCCAAUUCCAUUUCCUUGAGCAAGAAAGCUCAAGUGCAUUACCUUACUAAAGCUGAUUAAUAACUGUGUAAAACUGGGCCAAAAAGAAGAAAACUUGGGAGAUGGAGGGGUGUGGAGAUGCCAGUGAGGAUGACAGAAGAGGAUUACUUAAUUUUUAAAGCCAGAGGAAGGUCUUCCCUGGACGCAGCUGUCCGUUAAGAACUGUUGCAUCACUUAAACCAGCAAGAACCAACCUUUGCUUCUUCAGAUAAUUUGCUUUUUCCAGCAAGGGAAGUGAUAGUACUACUACUUCAACAUGGAAACAACAGAAAAAUGAAUGCCAACCCUUCUGUUCUUUUCAUUGCUCCAAAAUCCAGUUUUGUUCUAAGAGCUUUGUCAUUGAACUAAAUGUUUAAAAAAUUUGUUCAGAGUUUUUCCUUUCUUUUACAUAGUCCUGAUCCAGUAAGGGACAUUUAGUAACAUUAGCAUUUGUAUGGUACUAUCUGAAGUUAGGUUUAUGUAGAAGAUUGGGUAGCUGCAAAACAAAAUUAGUAAUAAUUAGAUCUAGGCAUAAAUUCAUUAUAGCAAUGGUUCUUAACCUUUUAGGGUCACAGGCUCUUGGAGACCGAUGAAUCCUGGGAACUUCCUUACCCAGGAAAAUGCGUAUAAUGUACAUAAUUCCCCAAAGUUUACAAUAUUGUAGUUGUUCAGGGGCCCCUGGUUAAAAUCCCAUACUAUAUAGCAUAGUAAGGCAUCAGCUUUUUUCCUGCAAAGCCAUAAGACAUAUAUCAAGGGCAUCAAAAUAAUGUUAAGGAAUUGUUACAAAAUUUUAAAACAUAGAAGAGGUAGAUAAUGGGCCUAGGAUGGAAUCUGAUAUUAAAAUACUCUUUUUAAAGGUGGUAUUCUUAGGGAAAAGAGUGAUUAAUGGUAAAAAAAAAAAAAAAAA